AUGCCGGAUGCGCAGAAACCUGUGACACUGAGAAGAUCACCAGGGGAAGUGUGUUUUCCAGGAGGUAAAAGUGAAGCAAUUGAUAAAGAUGAAAUUGAUACUGCUCUCCGAGAAGCUAAAGAAGAAGUGGGACUCCAGCCAGAGAACGUGGAAGUCAUCUGUAGGCUUGUGCCUGGAAUUGAUAAAAUGAAUCACUUGGUAACACCAGUUGUAGGAUUUAUAGAGGAUACAUUCCAGGCCACUCCCAAUCCAGAUGAAGUGAGCACUGUUUUUGUUGUGCCAUUGGAGUACUUUGUCAAGCCGUUAAAUUACAAGACCUUGCCUUAUAAAACCUCAUCUGGUUACUCAGGUUGGAUGCACUGCUUUACAUAUGAUGACCAUCAACAUAAAAUGUCAUUCAAGAUAUGGGGACUUACUGCACACUUUGCUGUAUUUCUUGCUCUUGUAAUUUUUGGAAAGAAACCUACCUUUGAUGUUGAUUAUGAUCUUGACAACUUAAUUUUGUCCUCUGAGAAUAACUUCAUGAAUUUAUAUACGUCCUUAUAUGAAAGAAAGAAGAGUAAUCUAUGACAAACU